CCACGCCGCUGCCCCCGGCCAGCCUGGUCCCGCGAAUCAUUGCUUCAUGAACUGCAACUAGAUAUCUAGCUCUUCUCUUUGCACUACAUUAUGCCAUUGGAGAUGGACUCAAAAGUAAACAAUCUUACUUUUGGGUGUCAACGAAGCUCAACAUCUGAUGAUGAUUCUGGCUGUGCCUUAGAAGAAUAUGCUUGGGUUCCACCGGGCCUUAGACCAGAACAGGUCCAGCUGUAUUUUGCCUGUUUGCCAGAAGAGAAGGUCCCUUACAUUAACAGCCCUGGAGAGAAAUACAGAAUUAAACAGCUUCUAUAUCAGCUGCCACCCCAUGAUAAUGAGGUCAGAUAUUGUCAGUCUUUAAGUGAAGAAGAAAAGAAGGAACUGCUGAUGUUUAGUGCUCAGCGUAAGAAGGAGGCAUUGGGGAGAGGCACUAUUAAACUACUCUCAAGAGCACUAAUGCAUGCAGUUUGUGAACAGUGUGGCACAAAAGUAAAUGGAGGAGAAGUUGCUGUUUUUGCUUCAAGAGCUGGACCUGGAGUAUGUUGGCAUCCAUCUUGUUUUGCAUGCUCUACAUGCAAUGAGCUGCUAGUUGACCUAAUCUACUUCUACCAAAAUGGAAAAAUUCAUUGUGGUAGACAUCAUGCUGAACUUCUCAAGCCUCGUUGCUCAGCCUGUGAUGAGAUCAUCUUUGCGGAUGAGUGCACAGAAGCUGAGGGUCGCCAUUGGCACAUGAAGCAUUUUUGUUGUCUCGAGUGUGAAACUAUCCUUGGAGGACAAAGAUACAUAAUGAAGGAUGGACGCCCAUUCUGUUGUAGCUGUUUUGAAUCUCUUUAUGCAGAGUACUGUGAGACCUGUGGGGAACACAUAGGUGUUGACCAUGCUCAGAUGACUUACGAUGGACAGCACUGGCACGCUACAGAGACCUGCUUUUCUUGUGCUCAGUGCAAAACCUCUCUACUGGGUUGUCCUUUCCUUCCCAAGCAAGGACAAAUUUACUGUUCAAAAACCUGUAGUUUGGGAGAAGAUGUUCAUGCCUCUGAUUCCUCUGACUCUGCCUUUCAAUCUGCCCGAUCAAGGGACUCUAGAAGAAGCGUUCGCAUGGGAAAGAGCAGUCGGUCAGCUGACCAGUGUAGACAAUCUCUUUUACUGUCACCAGCACUGAAUUACAAAUUUCCUGGUCUUUCUAGCAAUGCAGAUGAUACUCUUUCUCGCAAGCUGGAUGACUUAAGCCUUUCAAGGCACGGGGCAAGUUUUGUUAAUGAAGACUUCUGGAAAGGACGAGUAGAACAAGAAAUGCCUGAAGAUCCUGAAGAGUGGGCUGAGCAUGAAGACUAUAUGACUCAACUACUUAUAAAGUUUGGUGAUAAAGGCCUCUUCCAGCAGCCCAGUGAAGUAGACAUCAGAUCAAGUGAACACUGGAUUUCUGAUAGCAUGGCCAAAAGCAAGUCUGAACUGAAAAAAAAAAAUCAAAGCCUGGCAAGCAAAAAAUAUCAGUCAGACAUGUACUGGACCCAAUCACAAGAUGGCUUGGGUGAUUCUGCCUACGGCAGCCAUCCAGGCCCUGCCAGCAGCAGAAAAAUUCAAGAAUUGGACAUGGAACAUGGGGCUUCAGGAUACAGUCAUGAUCAGACACAGUGGUACAAAGGCUCAUUGGAAUGUCUGUCAGAUCUGAAACAACCAGAACAAAGUGUCCGUGAUUCAAUGGAUUCAUUGGCUUUGUCUAAUAUAACAGGGGCUUCUGUGGAUGAAGGCAAGCCACGGCCAUCUUUAUAUUCUUUGCAAACCUUCCAAGAGCUGGAAGCUGAGGAAUGUGAGAAAAUGAGUAAUAUGGGAACCCUGAAUUCUUCAAUGCUCCAUAGGAGUGCAGAGUCUUUGAAAAGUUUAAGUUCAGAAUUGUGUCAAGAGAAGAUGAUAUUGCCAGAGGAAAAGCCAGUGCAUAUGCCUGUACUUAGAAGAUCCAAAUCCCAGUCUAGACCACAACAGGUAAAAUUUUCAGAUGAUGUUAUCGACAAUGGAAACUAUGAAAGUGUUGAAAUUCGUCAGCCUCCAAUGAGUGAGAGAACUCGUAGGCGUGUUUACCAUUUUGAGGAACGUGGACACCGCCAUCAGCGUCGUCGCAGGAGAAGUAGAAAGUCUCGUUCUGACAAUGCACUUCACCUGGCUACAGAAAGAAGAUGCUCACCAAAAGAGAGACUUCAGUUUUACUCUCCUCAGGAUCAUGACAAAUUUAUCCAAAAUAAAAGCCCACAUCAGAUUCAGGCAUAUAUUCAAAAUGCAGAGCUGUAUGGACAGUAUACCCAUGCUACUUCUGAUUAUGCGCUGCGAAACCAGGUGGUUGAUAAAUUUUUUGGACUAUAUGGUGAUGAAGAUGAUUCCUGGUGUUCAACUUCAUCAUCAUCUUCAUCUGACUCUGAAGAGGAAGGAUAUUUUCUAGGACAACCAAUACCACAGCCACGUUCAUUAAGAUAUCCAUACUAUACAGAUGAUCUUUCUAGUCCAACUACUGCACUGUCCAGUUCUCAGUUUGGGCAAAGGACAACCAAAUCAAAGAAGAAAAAGGGACAUAAAGGCAAAAACUGCAUAAUUUCUUAAUGUCUUAUGUUUAACAGUGUAAGAACAACUUUGUAGUUACUUAUCUGAACCAUUUUUUUAAAUUGUGCCUAAGCAAGUUGUUGAAGUUGUUAAUGCUUUGCCAAUGUAAAUGAUAACUACUGGUGUUUACAAUGUAAAACUAACAUUCAGAAACAUUGUUUCUCCAGAUAAGAGUUAAACUUGCCAAGUUUACCCAAUAAGGUGUAGCUGUUCUACUCUGUUACUGCAUUUUUUAUUACAGACACUAUGUGGACAUUUAAA